GGAGUCAUCAUCAUCAUAUGCGCGAGGGGUUUGGACAUUAUGGUAAAUCACAAGAGCCCAGGAGGAAGAGGUCUGACUUUCUGCAUUGGGCAUCACAUGAAGAUGAUGUCAUAUCGUGAGAACAAUCAUCAUUUAUGAAAAAAAAAAAAAAAACAACACCAAAUUACAGGAAAUGUAAUUUCUCCUUACAUCAGUCACUACACACAUCUACUAAAAGCAGAAUUCAUUGAAAUUGUUGGCCUCUGAAGGCGGAAAACAUACAUAUAGUUAAUUACCCGAUACAUUGUCUAAACCAUGGUUGACAACCGUUAUGCCACAGCGCUGGUCAUCGGAUCUGUACUGAGCCUACUUGCCUGUGUCUAUCUAUCCAUUGCCAUGGGAACACAGCACUGGUACCAGUACCACAGCCAACCGGCUAGCAACGAUGCAAAUAAUGGCUCGGAUCUGCACAAUCUGCGACAGGACUUCGAGGGAGAGGAUGUGGAUGAGCGGAGCUACAGUAUGGCCCUGUUCAGGCUUAAUGGCACUCUGGGUCUCUGGUGGCGCUGUAUUCUAGUGUGCCAAGACUCGCACUGGUUUAAAGAGCCUCAUUCAACAUUGAUGACUAAAUGCCAGGCCUUUACUUUGCAGCAGCAGUGGGAAUCCAAGUAUAAAUCCCCAGGAAAUAUCAACAGCGGAGAUGAUCUGCUGCGCACCUACCUGUGGAAGUGUCAGUUCCUGUUGCCGCUGGUCUCAGUGGGUUUGGUGUUUCUAGGUGCAUUGAUCGGAGUGUGUGCCUGCCUUUGCCGCAGUAUCACACCCACUCUGUUUGUAGGGCUGCUGCAUCUACUUGCCGGCCUGUGUACUCUGGCCACAGUAUGCUGUUUCCUCUCGGGUGUGCACCUACUCCAUGAAAUCUCUGAGCUGCCCGAGGGGAUGGACUACUCUCCAGGCUGGUCCCUGUUUCUGGCGCUGGUCUCUUCUCCACUGCAGAUUAUGGCUGCUGCACUCUUCAUAUGGGCUGCCAGGAGCCACCGCCAACACUACACUCGAAUGACAGCCUACAGAGUUGCCUAGGCAACAGAGG